AUGGGUGUCACUGAGGGGAACGGGGUGCCCGCUGCGUCGGGGGAAAAGUUGGCCGCGCAGUAUGGGAUAUUCAUGGCUAAUCUGCAGGGGCAAGGACAAGGGCAGUCUGGGACGGUCGCUGCUAGUAGUGCGGGUGGCGAGGCGUCUGGGCAGGUGAUUGACGUGCUGCGUGCGAGGGUGGACACUUUGGCGGAGACAAACGUGCAGUUGGCAAUGCAGUCGCACAGUCUCUUGGAGAAGUUGGAACAGGCGCAGGAGAAUGAGACGCGGUUGCUGGAUGGGUCCCUGCAGUUGAAGCAAGCGAGUGACGCACUGCAUGAGGAGCUUGAUGGGAGUACCGUUGAGUUGCGGCAGUUGGAGUCCCGUGCCGCAGAGUUGCGUGCUGCUGUCGAGGAGCAACGCAAACGGGCAGCUACUGCCGUUGAGAGUUCCCCACUGCAGCAGGGCGACGUCGCUGCGUGGUCCGAGCAAGCUGAGCGUGCACAGGCGCAGUACACUGCGCUGAUCACCUCGCAGCAGCUGUACAAGGACCACUACCUUGCUCGGAUUAAACAAUUGCGAGAGGAACUCGACAGUGCCGUUGCGGCCGCAGCCGCAACAGACUCUCUAGACACAUCGUCACUGCAGUUAUCGCUGCGAGAGUUUACACAGGACAGGGAAUCCCUAGAUGCACUGCACACGGCACUUACAGAGACGCUCGGAGCAGACUUCGAUGCGGGACUCACUACAGCUGACUGGGCAACCCUGUACACUGCGACCCGCGCACGACUCGAGACCCUCGCGUCCGAAAUGGGGUACACCCUUGCUGAACUACUGCAGGGGACCGCUACCGCAAUGCAGCAGCGCCAGCAGCAGCAUCAGCAGCAUCAGCAUCGCCAUCGCAACUUCUUCGGGGCGUCCAGCCCGACACUCGGGGCCGUCCCGACAUCUGCUGGCACCGCUGCACUGCCCGGAGUGAAACGGACCUCGUCCCUACGGAAGACCAGUCAGGAGAGUGACACACGGCGACUCAACAGAACACCAACGCCGCGGUUCCAACACUCAUCGAUACCUUCAUCAUCAAGUAAGUAA